CACCUCGUUUCAGCCUCCCAUCCUCCUUUCUUCCACCCUGUUCGCAGCAGCGGAGGGACAGAAUAAACGACUUUUAUUCUAUCUGCCUCAUUUUUUGGGGGUUUUUCUGCCCCGCAUCGGGGUUGACCCCCGCCAUCGCCCCUCUUCAAAUACACACACACCCUCUCACGUGCGCGACUGCUCCACAUUCCGCUCGCGCUUGCGUGCUCUGGUCGCGAGCGCCACCCAUCUUCCUCACCACCGCCUCCCCCCAUCAUCACCACCACCAUCAGCAUCUCCUCCAUCAGUGCACUCCACCAGCGCUCCAUCGAGAAGAAGCCCAAGACUGCGUGAAAAGGGAAAGAAAGGAGGGGGAACGACAGAAGAAAAUCGCCGGAGCGCCGGUGCACGAGAGAGGAGCGAAAGAGGAGAGAGCGAGGAGAAAGACAGAGAGAGCGAAGGAAGGAAGGAGAGAGAGAGAGAGGAUGGCAGACAGGGAGCAGCUCAUCCAGAGAGCCAGACUGGCCGAGCAGGCGGAGCGCUACGAUGACAUGGCCUCAGCCAUGAAGCUGGUGACAGAACUGAACGAGCCACUGUCCAACGAGGACCGCAACCUGCUCUCUGUGGCCUACAAGAACGUAGUGGGAGCCCGGCGCUCGUCCUGGCGAGUGACCUCCAGCAUCGAGCAGAAGACGGCGGCGGACGGCAGCGAGAAGAAGCUGGAGCUGGUGCGGGCCUACCGCGAGACCAUUGAGAAGGAGCUGGAGUCCGUGUGCCAGGACGUGCUGACCCUGCUGGACCAGUAUUUGAUCAAGAACUGCGACGAAAGCCAGCUGGAGAGCAAGGUCUUCUACCUGAAGAUGAAGGGAGACUACUACCGCUACCUGGCCGAAGUGGCGACCGGGGAAAAGCGAGCGUCCGCCGUGGAGGCUUCAGAAGCUGCCUACAAGGAAGCCUUCGACAUCAGCAAGAGCAUGGCGGCCACGCACCCCAUCCGCCUCGGCCUGGCCCUCAACUUCUCUGUCUUCUACUACGAGAUCCAGAACGCACCCGAGCAGGCCUGCCAGCUGGCCAAGGAGGCAUUCGACGAGGCCAUUGGUCACCUGGACAAUCUGAACGAGGAUUCCUACAAGGACUCGACGCUCAUCAUGCAGCUGCUGAGGGACAACCUGACCCUCUGGACCAGCGACCAGCAGGACAGUGAAGGAGGAGACCCCAAUAACUGAACCAGAAUUCACUCUGUUGUCCUGCGAUCUUAGCUAGCUGUAGUAGCCCCCCAUGCCCCCCCCCCCUUAUAAGUCUCUCUGCCUUUUUCUGCUCUCUUCCUGUAUCUUCUCUUCUCUUCUCUCCCCUGUCUUCUUUUCUGUUUCUGUGAUGUUCCCCUGAUUGAUAUUCACUCUUUUCAUCAGGGUUCUUCUUUUCUUUUUUUUCUCUCUUCCUUUUCUUCUUUUCUCUUAUUUCCUUUUCUCUUUUCUCUUUUUUGUUCUCUUCUCUUUUCUUUUUCG